UAUUAUUUUAUAAUAUUUUUUGUUUUUUCAUGAUAAUAUUUUAACUCUAUUUUGUAGUAAAUUAUGAAGGUCCGAGAUAUUUUUAGCCUCUUCGUCAAAGUUUGUUCACUUGUAAAAUAUUAUUUAUUUUAUUAUUAUACAAUGAACCUUUGCGUGAGAAGGAAGCGAGGAGAUGCUAAAUAUAGAAACUUUGAGGGUCUUGCUUGUUUCUCUAAACUUCAAGGCCUUUCAUUAGUUUGAGGACAUGAACGAGUCAUUCUUUGAGUAUGGUAAAAUUAGUUUGAAAAACUGAUUAGAAAAGAUGAAAUCUCGGAGACAUUUUGUCUCCCAUUUAAGUACUCUUUCUUUGGCCAUGAGUCUUUGUUUGGUUUUGCAACAUGGUCCAAAGAAAUAUUCAAUCUAAUAAUGCUGCAAUCUGAAGGAAAAAGUAAGCAAGAUCUUUGCCUCUGACUCAAUUAUUACAUUGAGAUUAUAAGAGGCAGAAAAGAAAAUCACAAGUGAGACAUAUGUUUGUUGAUUUCUUGGGCAUGUGUACAUCUUUGGCAUUGUUAUCAAGACAAGAACGCACAUGUUACAGUUUUUCUUAGAUAUACAUUUUCUUAGUUUAACAAAAUGAGCAAGGAACAAAGCUAUGUUCUAAAAGCAUGGGAGGUGACCGUGCGAAAGACACAACAAGCCAAGAAGCGAGCAAACAGCGUUUUUGGAACAGUAUCGGUAUCUCCACACACGGAUAACGAUACUUCCACUGAUGAGAACGAUGAUGAUACCAGCACAAACAGGAGCAGCUUAGAGGAAUUUUACCACGCUGAGAGAGUACUACCCAAUGGGGACUACUACACAGGGCAAUGGUACGAUAGCUUUCCUCACGGCCAUGGAAAAUACCUCUGGACAGAUGGCUGCAUGUACAUUGGUGACUGGUACAAUGGUAAAACCAUGGGAAAUGGAAAGUUUGGGUGGCCAUCUGGUGCUACAUAUGAAGGAGAGUUUAAAAGUGGGUACAUGGAUGGUACCGGCACAUACACUGGUCCAAGUGGAGAUGCUUAUAAAGGCCAGUGGGUGAUGAACCUGAAGCAUGGACAUGGUGUCAAGAGUUUUGCAAAUGGAGAUGCCUAUGAUGGUGAAUGGAGGAGAGGUCUGCAAGAAGGUCAUGGAAGGUAUCAAUGGAGUGAUGGAUGUCAUUACACUGGUGAAUGGAAGAAUGGUACCAUCUAUGGCAAAGGGAGCUUUGUGUGGACUAAUGGUAAUAGAUAUGAUGGGUGUUGGGAUGAAGGGUUUCCUAGAGGGAAUGGGACUUAUAAAUGGGAUGAUGGUAGUUUCUAUGUUGGUAACUGGUCUAAAGAUCCAGAGGAGAUGAAUGGUACUUAUUAUCCAUCAGGAAAUGAAGGGAAUCUUGAAUGGGAUCCUAAAGAUUUGUUUGAUAAUUUGAGUGAGUACACUAUAUGCAGCGGGGAGAGGGUUCCUAUGCUGCCAUCACAGAAGAAACUAGCUGUUUGGAACUCUUCUAAGCGUAUAGAGAAGCCUAGAAGGGUGUCAGUUGAUGGGAGGGUGAGUGUGGGUGUAGAUAGAGCGUUUGAGAAGAUGAAUAUGUGGGGGAAUGAAACCGGUGAAGAAGGCACAGAUUUGAGGAAGGAGUUGGAUGCAGAGUUGAUGAGAUUGGAGGCUGAAGGCAUUCAGAGCCUUAAGUCUAGCCCUGUGCCUAUGAAACUACCAAAGGCAGGGAGGAAGCAAGGGGAGACUAUUUCUAAAGGUCAUCGCAAUUACGACCUUAUGCUUAAUCUACAGCUAGGGAUCAGACAUUCUGUUGGAAGACAAGCUCCAGCGGCAUCUCUUGAUCUGAAACCUUCAGCUUUUGAUCCAAAAGAUAAGAUAUGGAGGAGGUUUCCACGUGAAGGAACUAAGUACACACCUCCACAUCAAUCUACUGAGUUCAAAUGGAAAGAUUAUUGCCCACUAGUUUUCAGGAGCUUGAGGAAGCUAUUCAAAGUAGACCCAGCUGAUUAUAUGUUAUCCAUCUGUGGGGAUGAUGCCCUCAGAGAAUUAUCAUCCCCUGGUAAAAGUGGGAGCUUCUUUUACUUAACAAAUGAUGACCGUUACAUGAUAAAAACAAUGAAGAAGUCUGAAACAAAAGUGCUUCUGAGGAUGCUUGCAGCAUAUUACAACCAUGUUAGAGCUUUUGAGAACUCUUUAGUAAUCAGAUUCUUUGGUCUACACUGUGUGAGAUUGAAUGGACCAACUCAAAAGAAGGUGAGGUUUGUCAUAAUGGGUAAUCUGUUUUGUUCUAAGUACUCUGUUCACAGAAUCUUUGAUCUGAAAGGAUCUUCUCUUGGACGCACCACCGACAAACCCGAAUCAGAAAUCGAUUCAAACACCAUCUUAAAAGACCGUGACCUGAGUUUCAUUUUCAGAUUGCAGAAAGCAUGGUACCAAGAAUUCACCAGGCAAAUAGAUAAAGACUGUGAGUUCUUAGAACAAGAGAGGAUCAUGGACUAUAGUCUUCUAGUUGGUAUUCACUUCAGAGAAUCUUCAGUAGCUGGAGAUCUGAUUCCUUCUGGAGCUAAAACACCUAUUGGUGAAUCUGAUGAAGAAGCAUGCCAUCGUCUCUCUAGAGCAGAGGUUGACCAACUACUUUCAGAUCCCUCAAGGUGGGCUAGUAUCAGACUGGGAACCAACAUGCCAGCACGUGCAGAGAGAACGGUGAGGAAAAGCAGUGAUAGCGAGUUUGAGCUUGUGGGAGAGCCAACAGGAGAGUUCUAUGAAGUGGUGCUGAUAUUUGGUAUCAUUGACAUUCUUCAAGAUUAUGAUAUCAGCAAAAAGCUUGAACAUGCUUACAAAAGCAUACAAUAUGAUCCUUCCUCUAUUUCUGCUGUUGAUCCGAAACAAUACUCGAGGCGUUUCCGUGACUUUAUCUUCAAGGCGUUCACAGAUGAUAAUUGAUUGUCUCUGUGCUUUUUAGGUUUCUUGUGUCACAAGAAAUAGGGCUACAUAUAUAAUUUACAUACUUCGGCAAGGGCUCCGCAGCUUGCGAGUAUGAAAUUCCAUUUUGUUUGUUUCAGUUUAUAUAUAUCUUCGUGAUGUUGUAUUAAACUUUGUAAUCAGUUGAAAACCAUAGAAAAUGAAUAUUCUUUUGCUUU